AUUGGCUCAGUUUCCAUUUUAUGUCCCUAUUCAUACAAUCGACGAGGUCCUCGAGGAAGGACCAGACCCUCAACGGACAACACAGAGUUGUUGGUAGUCGUAUUUGUGACUUUGGAACACAAACCUUCAGUGUGGUCUAAUAAAUCCACAGUGAUUGGAAGCUCGGGACAAGGCCAACGGAAAGCGAGCGAUCGAGUCAACCAGAAAAAUAACAACACAAAGCGCUUCUUUGUCUGUUGCUCCUGGCUUGUCUCACUUGGAGUACACUCGAGAGCUGGCUCAAAAUCCAUCGACCGUGAAUGGAGAUUCAUCGGUAGAAGUUGUUGGUGUUUUCAUUUUUGGAUAUUGGUACUCGACGGUCUCGACCCGAGCGAGGAUCUUUGGAAUAGAACCUUUCAAAGGCCCGCUUUCAAGGCUAGGCCAAUAAACAGAGAUUGUGCCCAUGGACAUGGAAACAACCGGAAAUUAGUCCAUCCGAGCGAAGCGAAUGAAAAGCACGCUUUUGUUUUUCCUAGUGGGCAUGUUAAAACGACAACAGCAGUCCACGUGCAUGUGAGGUCAAACUUCACGCUUUGUAAAGGCUACCAGUGGUUGGAAAAGGCCGACCCUCGUGGACGCAGGACGUUGAAGAAGAGUCCAGAGAGUUCUACUUGGUUCAGAGCCGGUCCCCAAGGAUUCAAGCAUUGCUCCCGGUGACAAAUUGAGACCACUUAAGAUGUCCGGACAGGAUCGUGACACUUUCAGCACCAGUCACAUCAGCCGUAAUCCCACCUCAAAUAGCGACGGGGCGGCCAACAGGCAGGAUUACAGCAACAUACCCAGUGAUGAGAGACGACUCAAUUUAGGGGAUUACGUCACAGAGCUGGACGGAGCUGAGCCCGGCAUUCCGGGCGGAAUCACGACCAUCGUUAUUCUGACAGCCCUUGCUUUAAUUUUCUUGUUGCUCUUCAUCUUUGGAUUGUUGACCCUCCUGAAGAAGAGGAAUCAGGAACCUCGGGAGCACCAAGCGAUCUACACCGCCGCCGUACCAAACAGCCACUUCACCGCGGACAAUAAGGAAAUGAGUUGCCUGAACUGCAGAUUGAUCGAAAUGGGGAGUAUGGCUUGCUAUCAAGAACUUUGCCCUCAGUGUGGACGACCCCCUCCACGAUAAGAGGACUCAUCUUGCAUUCAAAAACCAAGCAUAACGAUAGGAUUAACGAUGUAUUUGUUGAGGUUAUUUCAUUUCAAGUACUAAGCUGUUAAGUUUCUGACCACCAUGUACAUAUUCUAUAUAGAACCCAGUAUAAGCGGCAAUAUGCGAAAGUGUCUCAAAAUGCAUUUACGAAGUGAUUUCGUAGAAAGCAGUAACCAUAAUAUUCAUUAUUACUGUUCUGACAAAAUUUUGUUCGAACCACUCUUAUAGGAUGUGCUUUUCCUCAUUGUCGGUGUUAUCUUGACCUCUUCAUAUUUUUUGAAAUACAUGUGUUUACCUUUUACAAGAAUAUUUUUU